UAAAAUGCUUUUAAACCACGGAAAAUAAAGCAGUUUGUUUCGGGACUGAAGACCUGUACAGCCCCACUUCUUACCUGCUCACCAGCACUGUCUACCAGGGCCACAUCAUGCCACAGGACCAGCCGUGCAAGCUGCUCCAGUCAUCCAGGACCCCUGACAGUAAAAGGAAGAAAAAGAAGAAACGAAAGAAAGCCACUGCUUCCACCACCCAUCCAGAAAACACACUGGAACCUCAGGCUGUAUCUUUGCAUCCUGAGACCUCGCCAGUGUCCCUUCUGCCCCCUAGGAGUCCUACUCAGCCUGGAGGCCAGCUGCCCAAGCUCAGAGCUGCUAGUAAGAAGGACAGAAAACGGCUGGCAGGCAGCGGCCGGAGGAGCAAAAAACCCCAAAAGGAUUCACCAGCCCCACUGAGAGGAACAAACAAAACCAUUGGCAGUGCAGCUCCAGCGCAGGGGCAUGUGACAGAGCUCAGCGCCCAGGCCAGGGAGAGCCUGAGGUGGGAGGGAGUACUGGAGGACCCCCAGGCUGAGGAGAAGAGGCUGGAGCUAUACAGGGCCAACAGGCGGCAGCGUUACAUCGCACACAGAGAGGCUCUGUUAAAAGAAACCCAGGAUACCUUGAGACAGACUUUUCCUAAAGAGAGCACAGAGAAGGAGGCUUUGACUGAAUCUGACCAAUGGGAGACUGCGUCAUUACCGCAUGUGAGCACAGACUGAAUUAAAGAAAAUGAGAGCCUUAUGCUGCUAGUCAUCUCAGGCUUUAUUUGUUCACAGUUUAAAACAGAUUUAGCCAUAAUGAGGCACAGAGUGAUCCAUGAGUGCUGUUAAGACGUUGUACUGAAAACAAACUGACCCCGUUGCCAAUUCAACACUCUUUAAAGCACCUGCUGUACCUGCUUUCUGUGGCAGGCACAAAAUAGAUAUGGACGAGGACUGGACAUGCUCCUGCUGAAUAGACCUGUUAAAAACUUAAUAGAGCAUUUGCAGAGCUUAUCUUGUGCUUCUAAAUUAUGUAGCACCUCCAGAAAAGACCCAAAGUUGAUCUUUCAGGACUGAAACCCAAUCAGGAUAAUACCACUGAACCCCCCUCACACCUGUGUGAGGGAGGAUAGGAGAGUUAAAUGGAUGAUGUUUUUUCCCUACUACUUCAAUAUGGGUUAGCUCUGUUUUUCCUUUCUUUCUGUCUUUCUUUCAAAUUGCCCAAAACUCCCUUGUAUCCACCAGAAUGGUUGUGCAGUUGUUUACUGAAUUUAACAAUUUGUUACUGUCAGAGUAUUGUAUAUUGGCUGACCUGGUGGACCAGUGAUCUAAUGUGCAAAGUCAAGGUUUAUGUGUCUCUGUUCUUCUGCUUAUUUCUUGCUGUUAUACAUCAAUAACCCCCUGCAAAUGUGGUAACACACAAAUAAAUUAACCAAGACGGACACAUAAUUUGCUUGUACUGCUU